CCCAUCAUCCAAACUUUGUGUUUAUUGAAUUUUGACAAGACAAUGACAACUUUAUCUGAUCAAUUUGCAAUGUAGUUUCUACAUUGCAAGAUAAUCUUAAUAAAUGUUUAUUGAUUUUUAUUCAAAGUAAGAACUGCUGUCACUUAAUCAUUUAUUGUAUUACAAAAUGGAGACUGUAUUACAUUCUAAAUCCAGUGUUGUAGACACAGAAUCCAUGUCUGGUAAGCUUAAAGUUGCAUCUGCACCAAUAAUUCCAUUGCCAUCAUCUUCAGAUGCAACAAAGCUUACAGUUCAAAUAUCAGCACCAUCUUAUUUACACUCUCUGAAAGAGAAUAAAGCUCCACCAUUUAAAAUACCACUGCAUGAAGCUAGACCAAAACUAUUGAUUGGGACAUUGGUUACAGAAAAAGAUUGUAUAGAAAUUAUUGCAUGUGCAACAGGAGAAUGCUUAAAAACUGCAAUAGGGGACUUUUUAGUAAAAAAGAAUGUGGUGCCGAACUACCACCUAUCUGAAAAGAACUUUCUAAUAAGCUUGAUUACGGAAGCAAUUGAUUAUGCAGCCCACAGGGGAUUUCCUCCAAAUAAGCUUGCAUGUCUAAUGACUAUGUAUUUAUAUACACACAUAUAUUUUAAGUGGUAUUACUGGAUUUCACCUAUGGCAGUCUGGCAGUACUUUAAAGAAAUCAUGAUCAGGCAUACAAUUACGGAUUCACCAGAUGGCCAAGAAGUAUUUGAGCCAGAGGAAUGUUAUGAUAUAUUGUCACAUUUCCAUGCAAUGUAUAUGAAAAAUUUACCUUUAGUACAUUUGUUAACAUUUGGUAGCUAUCGCCUUAAAUUAUUGUGGCCAUUUAAAUUAAAAUAAAUAUUGUUUUCUU